CGUACGAGGCGGUGACAAUGGGAGCGGCGCGGGCGGCGCUGGGAGGCAGCUGACAGGCGUCUGCGGCUUCGCUUCAUGGCCGCCCUCUCGCCCUGCCUGGGCUCUGUGGGGAGUGGGGGAGCCCGCGGCGUCCCCGAGCCAGAGCUGGCGAGCCAAGAGGGGACCUGUGCGCGGCGCCGCUGAGGCGCAGCAUGUGAAGAAGAGACGGCUUCCAGUGCGAGGCGAGCGUCUCAGCCGGCCGGGAUGGCUACGACGGCCGAGCUCUUCGAGGAGCCUUUUGUGGCAGAUGAGUAUAUUGAACGACUUGUGUGGAGAACCCCAGGAGGAGGCUCUAGAGGGGGUCCUGAAGCUUUCGAUCCCAAAAGGUUAUUAGAAGAAUUUGUAAAUCAUAUUCAGGAACUACAGAUAAUGGAUGAAAGGAUUCAAAGGAAAGUAGAGAAACUAGAGCAACAGUGUCAGAAAGAAGCCAAGGAAUUUGCCAAGAAGGUACAAGAGCUCCAGAAAAGCAAUCAGGUUGCCUUCCAACAUUUCCAAGAACUAGAUGAGCACAUCAGCUAUGUAGCAACCAAGGUCUGUCACCUUGGAGACCAGUUGGAAGGGGUAAACACACCUAGACAGCGGGCAGUGGAAGCUCAGAAAUUGAUGAAAUACUUUAAUGAGUUUCUAGAUGGAGAAUUGAAAUCUGAUGUUUUUACAAAUUCUGAAAAGAUAAAGGAGGCAGCAGACAUCAUUCAGAAGUUGCACCUAAUUGCCCAGGAGUUACCUUUUGACAGGUUUUCAGAAGUAAAAUCCAAAAUUGCAAGUAAAUACCAUGAUUUAGAAUGCCAACUGAUUCAGGAGUUUACUAGUGCUCAAAGAAGAGGUGAAAUCUCCAGAAUGAGAGAAGUAGCAGCAGUUUUGCUUCAUUUUAAGGGUUAUUCCCACUGUGUUGAUGUUUAUAUAAAGCAGUGCCAGGAGGGUGCUUACUUGAGAAAUGAUAUAUUUGAAGAUGCAGCAAUACUCUGUCAACGGGUGAACAAACAAGUUGGAGAUAUCUUUAGUAAUCCAGAAACAGUACUGGCUAAACUUAUUCAAAAUGUAUUUGAAAUCAAACUGCAGACUUUUGUGAAAGACCAGUUAGAAGAAUGCAGGAAGUCUGAUGCAGAGCAGUAUCUCAAAAAUCUCUAUGAUUUAUAUACAAGAACCACAAAUCUUUCCAGCAAGUUGAUGGAGUUUAACUUAGGUACUGAUAAACAGACUUUCUUGUCUAAGCUUAUCAAAUCCAUUUUCAUUUCCUAUUUGGAGAACUAUAUUGAGGUGGAGACUGGAUAUUUGAAAAGCAGAAGUGCUAUGAUCCUACAGCGCUAUUAUGACUCAAAAAACCAUCAGAAGAGAUCCAUUGGCACAGGAGGUAUUCAGGAUUUGAAAGAGAAAAUUAGACAACGUACCAACUUACCACUGGGGCCAAGUAUCGAUACUCAUGGGGAAACGUUCCUAUCUCAAGAAGUGGUGGUUAAUCUUUUACAAGAAACCAAACAAGCCUUUGAAAGAUGUCAUAGGCUCUCUGAUCCUUCUGAUUUACCAAGGAAUGCCUUUAGAAUUUUUACCAUUCUUGUGGAAUUUUUAUGUAUUGAACAUAUUGAUUAUGCUUUGGAAACAGGACUUGCUGGAAUUCCCUCUUCAGAUUCUAGGAAUGCAAAUCUCUAUUUUUUGGAUGUUGUGCAACAGGCCAAUACUAUUUUUCAUCUUUUUGACAAGCAGUUUAAUGAUCACCUUAUGCCACUAAUAAGCUCUUCUCCUAAGUUAUCUGAAUGCCUUCAGAAGAAAAAAGAAAUAAUUGAACAAAUGGAGACGAAAUUGGAUAAUGGCAUUGAUAGGACAUUGAAUUGUAUGAUUGGACAGAUGAAGCAUAUCUUGACUGCAGAACAAAAGAAAACAGAUUUUAAGCCAGAGGAUGAAAACAAUGUUUUGAUUCAAUAUACUAAUGCCUGUGUUAAAGUCUGUGCUUAUGUAAGAAAGCAAGUGGAAAAGAUUAAAAAUUCCAUGGAUGGGAAGAAUGUGGAUACAGUUUUGAUGGAACUUGGAGUACGUUUUCAUCGACUUAUUUAUGAGCAUCUUCAACAAUAUUCGUACAGUUGUGGGGGUGGCAUGUUAGCAAUUUGUGAUGUAGCUGAAUAUAGGAAGUGUGCCAAAGACUUCAAGAUUCCACUGGUAUUACAGCUUUUUGAUACUCUGCAUGCACUUUGCAAUCUUCUGGUAGUUGCCCCAGAUAAUUUAAAGCAAGUCUGCUCAGGAGAACAACUUGCUAAUCUGGACAAGAACAUUCUUCACUCCUUUGUACAACUUCGUGCUGACUAUAGAUCUGCCCGCCUUGCUCGACAUUUCAGCUGAGGUUGAAUAUGCAAGGGAAACGUGUUGUACUUCAGCAGGCCUUGGUUGAUAGAAAGCACAGGAGACUUCUUAUGACACAGCCAACAUUUUAUGGAAAAAUGACUGUUUGGAGAAACAGCAGCCAUACUUACCCUUGAGAUUUUAUUUGAAAUUUGGACACUACUGGCCAUAUUUUGUUUUUUCCCCUUAAAUUGAGUUUUAAUUCUGUUCUUGAACUUACAAAUUUCAGAUUCCAAAUUUCAGAUUCUGUGAAACUACAUGUCACUGUUUUCAUCCUGGAAAAUGUUGGUGUCAGAAGACAAAUGUGAUGUUAUCAGUGUUCCAGUUGAUAAUCUUUAACACAUUCUAUUGGGAAGUUUCACCAUCCUAUUUUGCAUUAAUGGUAAAAUACAACAAAACUGCAUUUAUUAUUUACCAAUUUUUAAUGACCUUUUCAGCACUUGGUAAUUGUUAAACAAGUUAUUUUAGGUUUUCCUAUUGAACUUUUGCCUCUUUCAAAAGGUUAGUAAUUGAACAUAAUUUCUGUAGUUGGUUAAUUGGAUUUUUUCCUGAGGUAUAAUAAUAUUCCAAGAAAACUGUUACAGACUAAACUAAAAUGAUGAAAUGUUUUAUGUAGAUACUAGGUGUGGAUCAGGAUACAUCUGCUUUCUGGGUAAAAAAAAAAA